GCGUUCUCGUUAGCUUCCUGAAGCGAAAAACCCCCCCGCCCCCACCAUAUUCCCUGUUUUCUUCUCCUCCCCGGUGCUCUAAUUUCGCGUUUCUUUCGUCGAUUUGCUCACAAGAUCUUGAGUCAAACGCGAACACACCGACUGGAUGUUGAACGUGUCGGUGAAAAGACCAAACCUGUGAACGAUCGUUCACUCUUUGAUGCAGUUUUGGUAGUUUUCAUUUCCUUUGUUCCUUUCUUCGGUUUCUUGGUUCCUUGCGGAUCCUGUGAUGGAGGGCGAGGCAGCGAAGGGGGGAACAGAGCGGCUGUUAUUGGGAAUGGAACGAUCCGCGAGAGAUUUUUUGCGGCGAUUCGUUGGGAAUGGAUACGGAGACGAGACGACGGAGGUGACGGAAGGGGACUCCGAUGAGAUCGAGCUUAGCCUCGGGCUCUCCCUCGGUGGGUGCUUCGGCGCGGACCCCAAGGGGAAGAAGCUGGUCCGCUCGUCGUCGAUCGCGUCCUUCACGUCGCUUCCGUGGGAACCCGAGUUCCCGGUCGUCCCGGCUGCCGCCCUGACGAGGACGAGCUCGCUGCCUACGGAGACUGAGGAGGAGCGGCGGAAGCGGAAGGAGAUGCAGAGCUUCAAGAGGUUGGAGGCGAAGCGGAAGAGAUUAGAGAGAAGGAAUUCGAUCAGGUCGGGGGCGGCAAAGGCUGGGGAAAAACCAGACGAGGAAGUGACGGGUUCGAUGGCAACGGCGGCGGCGGACCAUGUCGCAGGCGCAAGAAAUGGGGUUACUCCUCCAGGUCUGCCGGCUUGGACGGUGGGUGGGUCGAAAAGGGCGGCUGCUCGGCCUGUGGACGUGCCUGGGAACUUUCCGCCGAUCUCACAUGGAUCUCUUGGAUCGCAGGGGAGCAGCACCGCCGGCGCGUGUGCCUUGGGCAACCGGGCACCGCAAGGGUUUGGCAUGACAGAGACGAAGAACUCCUCCAUGAUCCACUCGGCGGGCAAUGAAACAUCAACCAAGCAAGUUGCUGUAAGAGCAAAUGGGAUAAAGGAGAUGGAGAGGAAGAUGAUGGAGAAGAUGCCAUUCGUGUCUACCAGAGGCGAUGGGCCCAACGGGAGGAGGAUCGAAGGCUUCCUGUACAAGUACAGGAAGGGGGAAGAGGUGAGAAUAGUGUGCGUGUGCCAUGGCAGCUUUCUCACCCCUGCCGAGUUCGUCAAGCACGCCGGUGGCCACGACGUCACCAAUCCCCUCCGCCACAUCGUCGUCAACUCCUCCCCAUUCUCCUUGUUGUGACCAUGGACUUCGAUCGUCACAGAAAACAAGAAAACAUAAUACCAAGAGAUGCGUUCGGGUGUACGUGUUCUUAGCUGUAGCUAGUAGCUCGAGGAGGCCGAAUCCUGCAGAAGCUGCAACUGUGGGGGGAUAUGCAUAAACAAGACGAGAACCAAUUUGUUGGUACUAUUUCAGAGGUAAUGGAACAGCAGAGCAUAUAUUACAUCCAGUCAAUACUAGCAAGCAAUUAGCAUUCUUCCAUGGAGGAACAACGCCAGCUGCUAAGAUUUGGUCAAAAAAGGAACGCAAUAGAACAAGAUGUUUAAGAGACGGACAACUUGUGGAUCUCUUCCAAAAGGUAGCUCGACUCAGCUGCGCAGUCCACAGGAGCCUCAGCCCUGACCGUUAUCCUCUGCCUCCUGUCAUUCAUGAACUCGGUGUAUGCAACGCUGACCCGGAACAGGUGCGGAACCCAUGUUGCUUCUUUCAGUUUGAGUUGGUAUUUCUCGUCACCUUCCUGCAUACAUCAACAAGGGAACAAGAUGACUGAGCCAUGGAUCAAGAACAAGCAACGGAUCUUACUGGUUUUACUUUCAGAAGUAGUUACCUCUGUUUUUACCCUGUCAAGCUCAUCAGCAGAGCAUCCCAUGAUUUUCUCUGCCGGCUCAUUGAAAACCGAAAGCCAGGCUUCACCUGAAGGAUCCGAGACCUUUACCACCAUUAUAUAUCUGUACAGGCACAAUUGGACAUUAGGAAGUGUGAGAGCUAAUGCAUGCUUGCUUCUCUUUCUUCUAGGCUGUAUAUUGUUACCUUAAGGAGCACUGAUCAUCGUUCUUCUGGCACGAUUCACACCAGUACCCAGAACCAACAGCUUCGGUAACCUUCUUGUUGCAUGUCUUGCAUGCUCGGUACCACAUUGUCUGGUCAGGCUUGAUGAAACUUACGUAGACGUUUAUGCUGAAGAAGGCAGGCUGUCCACGAAGUAGUUCAGAAGAACCGGGAAAUGAUGAUGUUACACAGCUCAUUAAUUAUUUUUUUGUUGGCAAAUUCAUCAGUUCGUACCUUAUCUUGACCCAGAGUUGGAUCGUCUGUUAUUUGAGAAAGGAAGACCCUAUCAGAAUACAUGGACCUCGAUCCAGUCUUGGAGUUAGGGGAGAUCAAGUUUGAACCAAUGGAUGCCAUUGAAGUGCCUUUCCCUUCUGAAUCAUACCUGUCGAAUCACAGCAAGAAAGUAGUUACAUUCGCAAGCUGACAGUAUACAUUUGGAAGCCAAGAAUCUCACCAGGAUCUCAGCUUCUUUGUUUCAGGUAAGUCUGGAUUGAUCACCACUGUGCUUCUGCUUAAAGUUGAUAAAGACACGCCUACGACAUGCACUCAAAAUUAUGAAUAUGGUAAUACAUUGACAUUUUGCA